GAAUACAGAAAACGCAGCAAUAUCAUAUUAAAUCGUUGAUCAUCGUUCGGCUAAGAAAUAUUUUAAGUUUUGUGGAGAGAAAUUAAUUCGAUUAGAAAUAAUUUACAUAAAUUAAGACAUAUAAGUCAAAAAAAAAUUUCCGAUCAUUCCAUUAAAAUAAACAAGUUUGCACAAAAAAGCCUGCAAAAUGUCCAACCUUAAAAUGUUCGAUGAUGAAGAACAUGAAUCCAAAUUUGGACGAGUGUUUGCUGUCUCCGGUCCUGUCGUCACGGCCGAAUGGAUGUCUGGUUCGGCUAUGUACGAACUGGUUCGUGUCGGUUAUUAUGAAUUAGUGGGUGAAAUUAUCCGUUUGGAGGGUGACAUGGCUACUAUUCAAGUGUAUGAAGAAACUUCUGGCGUUACAGUUGGUGAUCCCGUUUUAAGAACGGGUAAACCAUUGUCAGUUGAACUAGGUCCUGGCAUUAUGGGUAGCAUUUUUGAUGGUAUCCAACGUCCAUUAAAGGAUAUUAACGAACUAACCAGUUCCAUUUACAUUCCGAAGGGUGUUAAUGUACCCUCCUUAGCACGUAAACAAUCUUGGGAAUUCAAUCCUUUAAAUGUUAAAGUUGGCUCCCAUAUAACGGGAGGUGACGUGUACGGCAUCGUUCAUGAGAAUACAUUGGUGAAACAUAAAAUGAUUGUUAAUCCUCGUGGCAAGGGUACGGUGCGUUACAUAGCACCAGCUGGUAAUUAUACUGUGGAAGAUAUCGUCCUAGAAACGGAAUUUGAUGGUGAAGUUACAAAGCAUACCAUGUUGCAAGUUUGGCCAGUGCGUCAACCUCGGCCAGUAGCCGAAAAGUUACCAGCCAAUCAUCCUCUCCUAACGGGCCAACGGGUAUUGGAUUCUUUAUUCCCUUGCGUACAAGGUGGCACCACUGCCAUUCCCGGGGCUUUCGGUUGUGGUAAAACUGUAAUAUCACAAGCUUUAUCGAAAUAUUCAAAUUCGGAUGUUAUUAUUUAUGUGGGUUGCGGUGAACGUGGCAAUGAAAUGUCUGAAGUCUUGCGCGAUUUUCCCGAAUUAUCGGUUGAAAUUGACGGCGUUACCGAAUCUAUUAUGAAGCGUACUGCUUUAGUGGCCAAUACAUCUAACAUGCCUGUAGCUGCUCGUGAAGCUUCCAUUUAUACGGGUAUCACCUUAUCCGAAUAUUUUCGUGAUAUGGGUUACAAUGUGUCCAUGAUGGCCGAUUCCACCUCCCGUUGGGCUGAGGCUUUGCGUGAAAUUUCAGGACGUUUGGCUGAAAUGCCUGCCGAUUCUGGUUAUCCCGCCUACUUGGGAGCUCGUUUGGCUUCAUUUUAUGAGCGUGCUGGGCGCGUCAAAUGUUUAGGUAAUCCUGAACGUGAGGGUUCAGUAUCUAUUGUCGGGGCUGUCUCACCACCUGGUGGUGAUUUUUCGGAUCCCGUUACUUCCGCUACUUUGGGUAUUGUCCAAGUGUUCUGGGGUUUGGAUAAGAAGUUGGCUCAACGCAAACAUUUCCCUUCGAUCAAUUGGUUGAUUUCUUAUUCAAAAUACAUGCGCGCCCUGGACGACUUCUAUGAUAAGAAUUUCCCUGAAUUUGUACCGUUGCGUACCAAGGUGAAAGAAAUCUUGCAGGAGGAGGAAGAUCUUUCGGAAAUUGUGCAAUUGGUUGGUAAGGCCUCGCUAGCAGAAUCCGAUAAAAUUACUUUGGAAGUCGCCAAGCUGCUGAAAGACGACUUUCUACAACAAAACUCUUAUUCAUCCUAUGAUCGUUUCUGUCCCUUCUACAAAACGGUGGGCAUGCUAAAGAAUAUGAUUGCGUUUUAUGAUUUGGCUCGUCAUUCCGUGGAAUCGACGGCACAAUCGGAAAAUAAAAUCACUUGGAAUGUUAUACGCGAAGCCAUGGGCAAUAAUAUGUAUCAAUUGUCCUCUAUGAAAUUUAAGGACCCCGUCAAAGAUGGAGAAGCAAAGAUCAAAGCCGACUUUGAACAAUUGUAUGAGGACUUGCAACAAGCCUUUAGAAAUUUGGAAGAUUAGUUUAUUAUCUCGUUAUGAUUACAGUAUUUCUUGCAGCAGUAAGCACCAAACCAAUCCCGUCUCACAAAUCACAGAGAAAACUUUUAUUUGAUUUUAUGGCUUCCUUUGUCCAUAAACAUGAAUCAUAGGCGUUAUUAUUCCACUUAAUAUUUUAUUGUUCUUUUUCUUGUUUAAGUUUUUAAAGUGUUUUUUUU